AGGAAGCCUCAUUUUUGCAGCGAGUCUAGAGCUUGACUGCCUUCUCUGUGUGUGUGUGUGUGUGUGUGUAUGAGACAGAGGAGAGAGAGUUGUCUUUUUGACUGUGAAUUAAGGCUGCCUGAGGAGCACCACCUGGACUACGGGGAAGCAAAGAAUAAAAGAUUUCCAUUUUCUCUUCUGCCUUUAUUUUGUUUUUGAAUAGUGCAUGAGAAAUAAUUCUUGCCAGCUGUCUUCUGGUCUGUUACCACUUUAAGUGUCUAAAGAAGACUUUCUUCUUUUUCUCCCUUUUGUUUUUGAAAAGAGGUCUCAUCGUUGUAACUGUAAAUCUUGUAGUGAAGAAGACCCUACUGGUAACAUCUGCACAGUGCACCUUGUGCAACAUUCAUUUUAGCUGAUAUAUUGUUCCGAGGUGGCAGUGGACCUUUUCUUUGCUCAACAACUGGGACUUCUACAGCAGCUUUACACCUGCUCACUUUUGUCAGGAAACCUGGAUUCAUGCUUGCAAUGCCCUCUCCUGGCAUCUCAGCGGCGGUGCUCCUGCUCUUGCUAAGCUUGUGCCUGAGUGAUGAAGCCAUCCGCUGCCCACCCUGCUCUGAGGAGAAGCUGGCACGCUGCAAGGCACCAGUGGGCUGUGAGGAAACCGUAAGAGAACCUGGCUGUGGAUGCUGUCCAACCUGUGCCUUCGGGAAGGGCACCCUGUGUGGGGUGUACUCCCCCCGUUGUGGCUCUGGGCUCCGGUGUUUUCCACCCCCUGGGGUAGAUAAGCCCCUCCAUUCUCUGAUGCACGGUCAAGGGAUCUGCAUGGACCUGGCCGAUGUGGCACUGCUUCAGACUGAAAAGGAAGACUCCUGGAACUUGGACCAUCCAAACAACAGCCACAUUCCCUGUAGCACACAGGACAAAAAAUGUCAGCAAAGACACCAGGCCAAGAAUCGGGAUAAGGUGAACAACAGUGGCAAAAUGAAGACCAACAACAUUCGAGAGGAGCCUCGAGUUCUGGCACCAUGCCAAGCAGAACUGCAGAGGGCACUGGAGAGGCUGGCCUCACAAACAAGAACUCAUGAGGAUUUCUACACCAUUCCCAUUCCCAACUGUGACAAGAAUGGAAAUUUCCAUGCCAGACAGUGCCACCCUGCUCUCGAUGGACAAAGGGGCAAGUGCUGGUGUGUAGAUCAGAAGACAGGUAACCGUCUGCCUGGCACUCCAGAGGUGAAAGGUCUUCCAAGGGCCGGACAUGAAUUCCUGAUGCCGGUGCUGCCUAAACAGGCUUGGACUCCAAGACACAUGUUGAUGGUGGAGUAGAAGCUGACUGCCUGAAUGCUGCCUUAUUGUUUUGGCUCAUGCUUUUCUUUGUGACAAGUUCUUCUCAGUAAAACAGUACGUGGAAUUCAAAAACAGAAAGCUUAGCAAAACAGCCUCAAUAACAAAUUAUUUUGGCAGGAACAAGCCUUCUGUGAUGUUGUGUGCCGAAAUCAGGGUUCAGGGUCACUUCUAGAAACAGGCGCCUGCUAAACACUCAAUAUGGGCGGCAACUGCUUUUGUAACAGACGUACAGAAUGUGACUUCAGUUUUUUUUUUUUUGUGAGAUAUGUGGUGUGCAAAUUUUGCAUCCCCCAUGGAGCUUAACAUCCUGCUUGCACAGGUCCCAGAAUUUUGAAUGAGCCUCUUUUACCAAAAAAAAAGCAUCUCAUACAUACAUACAUACAUACAUACAAACAUACAUAAAUACAUGCACACAUUUUAAUAAAUGCAAACAAUGCUGAAUAGCUCUUUUGUCAAUGGCAUAAUUCUAUAAACUGGUAGUGGCUCUGUAGUCAAAUUAGCAUGAAUGAUUAAAUAUUUGUUAAAUUUGUAUACACAUUUAAUAAUGAAAAUAAACAUUAUGAAACAAA